AAGAAGACGGUGACGCGCCGAGGCCAGAAGACUGUGUGGGUCAAGUGCAGCGGGGCUUCAAAAGAGCGGGCUUCCGUAAUGCUUCUCGGUGACAGGGAUGGCAAUCGCUACACGCCCUUUGUUGUGCUUAAGGUGAAACCCUCCAAGGACAAUGCAAUCCAAGAGGAGAACAAUGCUCGUCGCUAUGGAUUCGGCAUUCGCAACUGGAAAAACGUGCGCACGAUUCGAGAAACUACAGGGCUUGAGGUUUACGGCAACGCCAAAGGUACAUGCUGA